UACAUAAUUAGAAAGAACAUAGUGAGUGCGCAUUACAAAACACCCUUUACAGCCACAGACAUGUGGAGAGAUUUUCACACUUGUCUAAACACUGCAGUGCCUCUCACAAAUCCAUCUUUGUGCCAAAGAACCAGUGUUUCACAUCUGUAAAGCAUUAGUUCUGAUAAGAUUUCCUCAUGCAACUAACUAUUGCCAGAUUGGCUAAGAGAGCAGGAGCAGCCCCUAGAGCAGCACUAGUUUGGAGUUCAGAGCAAAACUACAAAACAGUUAGUGGGAACUUGGUCUUUGAAAAGCAUUAUGGAUGUCAAAGCAGCCUUAGUGGUAGUUUGCCUGCUUGUGUUGGGACAGUGCACACUCCAGGAAACCGCCUCAAAGAAAAGAAAUGGGAAAAAAGGUGGAGACAGUGCUGCAAUGGAAGAAAUGAAGAAACAAAUAAGUAACAUUAUUAUGGAGCUCAAUGUACUGAAGGAGCAGCAGGCAUUACAGACAGUUUGUUUACGAGGCAUGAAGAUCCUUGGCAAGUGUUUCCUGGCUGAUCACGUUAAGAAGAACUUCCACUCUGCCAGUGACGACUGCAUUGCCAAAGGAGGUACUCUGGCAACCCCCCUAAAUCUGGACGAAAACGAACAGCUUUAUAACUACGUCCGCCAGAGCAUCGGCCCCGAGGAGCAUAUCUGGCUUGGCAUCAACGACAUGGUAACAGAGGGAGUCUGGUCCGAAAACACUGGGAUGGUCUUGAGGUAUGCAAACUGGGAGACAGAAAUCACCCAUCAGCCAGAUGGAGCCACCCGCCAAAACUGUGCCACGAUGUCCACAAGAGCAAAAGGAAAGUGGUUUGAUGAAAACUGCAAAGAGGAGAAGGCUUCUGUUUGUGAGUUCAAUAUUGUCUGAGGUUUGUAUUGACCAGAAAUUCAACUUUGUCUUUUACCAAUAUAAUCAUUUAUACCAUUUUAAUUAUUAAGGUGGAGGAUGAAAGUAAUUGCA